CUGAAGCAACUCUUCUUCAACUGUCACGACCGUUUGGAUAUGCCACCGCACGUCUACUCGGUGGCGCAGACCGCUCUGGCCCGCCUGGAGGCUUCUGAGGCUGUCAGUGGCGGCACACUGCUGACUACCAGCCUCUACGCUCAGCCAUCAGGUGCUCUCAGAAUACCCACUCAAGCCAUCUGCCUCCUCGGCCGUUCGGGUGCGGGGAAGUCCAUUUCAACAGAACACAUCCUCGAAUAUUGCAUCUGCCGUGCAGCAACAGCAACCGCCGCCGAUUGUGUUGAUACACUCACGGCUCCAAAAGUACGAGCAGUUUGUUGCCUUCUCGACGCCUUUACAUGUUCAAGGACCCUGCUCAACACCAAUGCCAGUCGUAGUAUGCGCCUCUUUACAAUCGAGCUAACGCCAUCCUCCGCUCCAUCUUCACCCUCUGCUCCAUCGUCCAUCUUGUUGCGGCCGACAAGGCUGCAAGUGGACCUCUUCCUGCUUGACAAAUUCCGAGUCACCCGACGUCCCGAAGGUGAACCCACCUUCCAUAUCUUCUACUACUUCCUGGCGGGUCUACAGGAAGAUCUGAGGCGCGAUUUCAUGCUGGAGGAUCUCAGCUCGCCCAAUCUCUUCAUGACUCCCCUUCAACGCUUCAGUCGUCAGUGGUCGUUGCGUCUGCCCACUGUUCAGGCUAUCCGCUAUGGAUGA